CAACAUUAUCUAGAUGAUUUGAGACUGUAUUUAAGAUCUUUUCACCUACAUAUAUUUCAUUUCAACAAUUCAUCCUUUUUAUUCUAUCACAAUCAACAAAAACUCAAUUUCUGCACCACAACCAACAUUAAGAAACCCUAAUUUGAUCAUGGAUGAUGAUGAACGUGGUUCACGCAAAAGGAUUAGAGGAAAUCACCAACCUUCUAAUCCUUUAGAAGGUUCUUCAAAUUCUUCCCCUAAUAUUGAAGGAAACACUGAUGAGGUCACUGUGAGGGACACAUCAAGCUCACCAAUGCAGCAUCAUGGCAACAACAAUGGCGCCCGGGUUCCUCUUACGGCCCGUCAACAUUUUCGGAGACCUGCUAUCCUUGAUGUUCCAUCAAAUCAUUCAGAUGGAGUCAUGCCAGAGACAUCUCUUAACCAGCAAAGGAAUCUUGCUUUGAUCGAUGAAAUGGAAAAUUCAUUGGAACGUAGACAUGCGCGUUUGAAUAUUGAUGGCAUGGAGGAUGCUUUGAUUGAUGAAGUGGAACAUCUAAUUGACCAACAUCAACAUUUAAUCUCACUUAUUGAAGAAAUGUCCGAUGAGGAUUUUGCUUUAUUUAAUGAAAUGGAACAUCCUGUUGACCAACAUCAAGAUAUGCGCUUGAAUAUUGAUGGCAUGUCUUAUGAGGAACUUAUUCAAUUGGGUGAGAGGAUUGGAAGUGUAUCCACUGGUUUAUCAGAAGAAACAAUUGCUAGACAACUCAAAACUAAAGAUUUUUCACCAAGUCCUAUUGCUAUUAACUUGGAGGAAUUACCACCAGAAGAAGGAGACACUAAUUCUUGCAUUAUAUGCCAGGAGGAGUUUAAGAACCAGGAGAAGAUUGGUGUUAUCAAAUGCGAGCACGAAUAUCAUGUCGAUUGCAUAACACAGUGGUUGCUUUUGAAGAACAGCUGCCCAAUCUGCAAAGUAGAAGCUUUAGAAGCUUUGAAUGAUGGAUAGGAAUCCAUGAAUUCUUCAUGCAUGCAUAUGCUUUAAUAUCUCUCAAUGCACUUUCUGGAUAAUUUGAACUUUUUUUUACAUUAUUCAUAUUUCGCUAUGGUAUUAUGUACUUUGGGCACUAGAACUUCGUAUCUAUCGACU